AUGCUAUUUCAUGACAAUCCCUACUUGAUCCAGGGCUUCAACACCUUCCUCCCUCCUGGCUAUCGCAUCGAGCUGUCCACCGAUCCGCGCAAUAUGGAUACCAUCACGGUGACAACCCCAAUGGGCAUCAUGACCCAGAACAUCUCAGCCUAUGGCGCCCCUGUGAGGAUCGCUCGGGAGUCUAUGCUACCUGCUCCUGCUGCAAUGAUACCUCCGUCUCAGCAGCCCCCAUUCCCACUAGCCCCACCGCCUGUGCUUCCAGUUGGCAUUGGGAACGGAUCAAGACCGGCUACACCCUCUAGGUUGCUCAGCCACCCUCCCGACUACGGCUUCUCUCCGUCUGCCAUGUAUUCUUCACCUUCGACAGCGUCGCAGACCAACGCGGCGGCAACGUUCCUCAGCAACAGGCAGGGGCAGGAGUCGAUUUUGCCGGGGGAAUUCAAUCAUGCUAUUCAGUUCCUGAAUAAAAUCAAAGUGCGCUAUGAAGAUGACUCUGAAACGUACAAGCAAUUCUUAGAAAUUCUUCACGCUUACCAGAAAGAGCAGAAACAUCUGCAGGACUCGCAAGUCUACGCUCAGGUGCAGAUGCUCUUCAAGGAUGCACCUGAUCUGAUGCAAGAGUUCCGCGACUUUCUGCCCGAGGCGUUCGGGCCCUCUGCGCAGGCAGCGGGCUUGGUUGGCAUUCUGCCUCAGCCUCCGAAUCCUUCCAGUCCCUGGGGACAAGCGGACGGACCUCCGUCGACCUCUGCCGAUAAGGGCACAAAGGCUCCGAGCAGGCGUCGCAAACGCGUUGCUGAGAAGGAUCCUCCUGGUGCACAAAAGGCGGCCGGUGGACGAGUAGUCAAACGAGCGAAGCCGAACCAGAAACCCGAGCCGCAGUCGCCGAAGUUUGCGCCGUUCCCCGCUCCUCCUCCCUCGCCGCCUGCAAAUGUUCCCCAGGGUCAUGUUGUCAUGCCGGGGCCGCAACCGCCUCAACCAGGACAUCCCAAUUUCCUCAACCUCUACCCGCCGCUCCCACCCACGGCAGAUUCCGCAGUUACAUCGAUCGGAAGCACGAGCCAAAACUGGUUCUUUGACCGGACCAGGAGAGCUUUAGAAAGCGGCGGCACAUACGAGGAGUUCCUCAAGCUCUUGAACCUUUUCGCAAGGGACAUCAUCGACACGAAGACACUCAUCGAGCGGGCGGAGAUCUUCUUGGAUGGCGAACUGAUGAGCCAGUUCAAGGAGUUAAUGGGCUGGGACGACAAGGUUGGGCAUGCUGACCAUGGGCCUCCGGGCAGCGUGCGAGUGAACGAAGCAGAUCCCCACAUCGCUCGAUCCCCAGACGAUGGUCAGGGUCCGAGCUACCGACGGCUUCCGGAAAGUGAGAUCCAUUUGGCGUGCUCUGCCCGUGGCCGUUUGGAAUGGUCAGUACUCAACGACGUCUGGGUGUCGCAUCCGACGUGGGCUUCGGAGGAUUCUGGGUUCGUUGCGCACAAGAAGAACUCCUUCGAGGACACCAUCUACCGUAGCGAGGAGGAACGACACGAGUACUCCGUGCACCUGGAGGCACUCUCGCGCACUAUCACCGUCCUCGAUGCUCUAGAUGCGCGGAUAGAGGAGAUGUCGCCUGAGGAGCGUGUGCAGUUCAGGCUCAAGCCGGGUCUCGGCGGGUCAGCCCCUCAGGUGUACGAACGCAUCUUUAGGAAGAUCUACGGACGGGACAACUUCAGGGAGGUAAUGAAGGCGCUACAGGAGUGCCCGAGCGUAGCGGUUCCUGUCGUCCUCAGACGUCUGAAGCAACGCGAUGAGGAAUGGCACCGUGCUCAACGCGAAUGGGGCAAAACAUGGCGGGAGGUGGAUGCGAAGAAUUUCUACAAGGCGCUGGACCACCAGGGCAUCGUCUUCAAGCCGAAUGACAAGAAGAGCAUCACCGCCAAGCAUUUCGUGCAAGACAUCGAGUCGAGCAAGGCUGCGCAGGAAAGGGCCCGCCAGUCUGAGGAGGGCCCAUCCUGGAUUCGAGGCUCGCUCGGUGCCCAGCUCGAGUACGAUUUCGACGACAUCGGUGUUGUGCAAGACUGCCUCAAGCUCGUCUUCUGCUACUUGGAUCAUUCGUCAACGCAGUAUAGUGUGGCGGAGAGGCGAAGCGUCGAGCGCUUCCUGCGCGCAUUUGUCCCUGUCCUCUUCAUGCUUCCGGCUCACGAAUUCAAUGCUGCCUGCGGUCCUGUCGAACCUGGCCAUGAGGACGACCUUGCGGAAGAUCUUGCAGCGAGCGACGGGACAGAUGACCAGGGCAAGGCCAGUCGGGACCGUCAGGGCAGGCGUCCUCAGUCUACGGGCGUAUCCGCGGGCGAUUUGAGGAAGAGAUUGCUGAAGACAGCCCAGGAAAGAUCACCCAGGAGUAGUCCUCUGGCGCUCUCGGUCAAGUCUGGCGCUUUGACGAGAUCAGCUUCACCGGCCCCGAGCGACGGUCCGUCGACAACCAACAAGGGCAAGAGCUCACGGUUGAAUAGGGAGCUUGACCACGACGAACCGGACUCCGCUCUUCCCGAAGAUAUCUGGCUGCAGGAAGCGGUACUGCACUCCGGGGUUCAGGCGGGGGCGGAGACGGUGACGAGACGACCAUUCUUCGCCAACACGACAUUCUACACAUUAUUGCGGCUAAUGCAGCUGCUCUAUUCGCGUCUGAACAUGUGCAAGCAGAUUGGCGCGCAGAGUGCCGCUGAAAAACACUCUUCGCUGCUCGCUAAUCCCGUCGCGGUCCAAAUGGGACUGGACGAGCCGAAUGGGCCUGCAACUGUAUUGGCACAAGCGGCCGAAGCGUUGGGUGAGGCUCGUUCGGGAGAAGAACCCAAUGUGCUAUACUUGUAUCUGCUGGAUGCCUGUGAGAAGUUUUUUGACAACGAACUGGACCUGGCGACCUUCGAGGAGCACAUGCGGUGGUUCUUUGGCGCGAAGGCCUACCACCUCUCUACCCUGGAUAAGGUGAUGACCGCUAUCAUCAAACAGGUGCAGACCGUCGUUGGCGAUAACAAGUGCCAGGAAUUGUGGUACUUGCUGCAGCGGGCGCGAGGCGCCGACACGAUUACGGCCCAUGACACCAUCCGUUAUAGAAGAGAGGCUGAGCAACACGUUGGAUCAGAUGAUAACCUCUACCGGUUCGAUUGGGACGCAGAUGCGAAGAAGCUCUCUGUUCAACUGUUGGGCGCGACGGAUCCGAGCAUAGAGGAAGCCAAGUCGCCGGCGGGGCGAUGGCAGGAGUAUGUCGCGACGUACGUAACUGAGCAUCCGACAGAGUGGGUGCCUGCGGGGCGGGCGAAGAACAAGCCACUCUUUUUGCGAAGGUGCUUGAUGGACGCCGCCGAAGACGGCGAGGCUGUGCACGAGGAGCGGGGGAUGCGGGCGCACGUGCACGCGGGGACGUACCAGCUGGUGUACGGGGCGGGGGGCGAGGACGGGCUGUGGCGGGUGCGGGCGGGGGACGAGGAGGCGACGCUGCAGCGGCGGGGGCGGGGGCGGCAGGAGGAGCGGAGGCGCUGGCUCGGGCGGCAGGUGCUGGGGGCGUGGGAGAGCGGGCCUAUGUAUAGGGCAUAG